CCCUAAGCUCCUCCGCCGGCGGAGGGCCAGGGUGGAAGGAUGGCCGGGCGGACUGCGCGGCUGGUACUGCUGGCUGGAGCAGCCGCGCUAGCAAGCGGCUCCCAGGGCGACCGCGAGCCAGUGUACCGCGACUGCUUGCUCCGGUGCGAAGAACGGAACUGCUCGGGGGGUGCACUGAAGCACUUCCGCUCCCGCCAGCCAAUCUACAUGAGUCUAGCAGGUUGGACCUGUCGGGACGACUGUAAGUAUGAGUGUAUGUGGGUCACCGUUGGCCUCUACCUCCGGGAAGGUCACAAAGUGCCUCAGUUCCAUGGCAAGUGGCCCUUCUCCCGGUUCCUGUGCUUCCAAGAGCCAGCUUCUGCUGUGGCCUCUUUCCUCAAUGGCCUGGCCAACCUGGUGAUGCUCUGUCGCUACCGCACCUCCGUGCCAGCCUCCUCGCCUAUGUACCCCACCUGCGUGGUCUUCGCUUGGGUCUCCCUCAAUGCUUGGUUCUGGUCCACAGUCUUCCACACCAGGGACACCGACCUCACAGAGAAAAUGGACUACUUCUGUGCCUCCUCCGUCAUCCUGCACUCAGUCUAUCUCUGUUGUGUCAGGACCGUGGGGCUGCAGCACCCGGCCGUGGCCAGUGCCUUCCGGGCCCUCCUGCUGCUCAUGCUGACGGCGCACGUCUCCUACCUGAGUCUCGUCCGCUUCGACUACGGCUACAAUAUGGCCGUCAACGUGGCGAUGGGCCUGGUGAAUGCGGCAUGGUGGCUAGCCUGGUGCCUGCGGAACCAGCGGCUGCCGCACGUGCACAAGUGCGUGGCGGUGGUCCUGCUGCUGCAGGGGCUGUCCCUGCUCGAGCUGCUGGACUUCCCGCCUCUCUUCUGGGUCCUGGAUGCCCAUGCCAUCUGGCACAUCAGCACCAUCCCCGUUCAUGUCCUCUUCUUCAGGCCAGCUUGCCUGCAUCACGCGCCCCUGCCGCCAGGGGACGCUCUCGAGCUGUGCCUUGCCUCAGUGGGCUCCCCUCUCCGCCCUCCGCCCUUAGCUUUCUGGAAGAUGACAGCCUCUACCUGCUGAAGGAGUCAGAGGCCAAGGUCAAGCUGGACUGAAGUCUCAGAAGCAGAUCUGCCCUCUUGAGAAUCCUGUCUGUCCCUGCUGGCUCCCCUUCUCCCCCGAAGUCCUUGAGAUGAUUUGUUUUCCUUUCAGCAUCUUGAACUUGGACAUGAAGGGUGUGGGGCCAGAAUCAUGUAACCUGCCCACCCCUUGCUCAGCCCCCGCAUGACCCCUACAGGUCUUGGCCUCCCAGCAGACCUGGCCUUAUAAUAUCUGGGGCUAGAAAAUGGGCAACCCCUCUGGUCCCUGGAGCUGAGCUGGACUGGAACUGUGUUCUUAGCUCCACCGAGAGGAGGCUGUGUCUCCGUCCCUGUCAGCCUCCUCCUCACAACCCCUCACUGCCAGGGUGGUUCCCAGCACCCUCUGCCUGGCUGGGAGAGCAGGUACCACGGCCUUUGGGGAUACAGUGAGGCCCCUUCUGUUACCCCCAUGCCUCCCUCGGGGCACCGCUAGGUGGCAGUAGACGCUUGCUCUUCGGCUGCCCAAGUUUCCCAGCAGAUCUCAUGGGAUCUAGAGGAAGUAAGCUGUAGGGAUUAGGGGGCAGUCUCACUCAGCCUUGCCCCAGUCAGACCCCCGGGAGGCCUCACCACACUCCCUCUUUGGAGCCAGGACCCCAGAGAGCGUAGGACAGGAAUCCCUGUGGCCCCUGAGCUGCUGUUCUGGUUGGGAGCCCACACACGAAUGUGUGAGGGAGACCGAGUGUGUAGGUUGAUGGGGUGGUAGACACAGAUCUGGGGUGUGUGGGAUGCCGGGUGGGGUGGUGAGCACUGGCCUUGUCGCAGGGCAGAAAGUGUGGAUGUGUGUGAGUGGUUCUGAAGUGUGUGUGUUGGAGGGCAGGCGGUUCGUGUGGGUUAGGGGACUGUGCAGAGACUGAACGUGAGUGCAAGGGAGUGUGAGUGGGGGUGGGGGGGGACCAAAUCAUGUGGGCAACCAUUGGCCGAACACCAGCUCUGCACACGGCGCAGGCCAGGCAGAGAGCCAGGAUGUCCUCAAGUGCUGGCAGGGGUAAGGGUGUCCAGGCUGCAUGUGUGUAUAUGUGUUCCUUUCUUUUGCACUCCCUCUCUUUACAAACCUCAUAGGGCUGCCACACAACUCAAGAACUCAAUCACCCCCAGAAGCAGCCCCUUGGGAGGCAGAGGGAGGAAGGAAAAUGGGGAUCCUCCUUGCCUAGACAUAGUUCGCCAUCCCCUACUGCAGUGCCCUGCCUGCUAAGCCCCUUUCCCACUUCCUGACCCAGGGUGAGGGGGGUAGUAAGGGGCAAUCUGGGGGAAGAGGGGAGAAGACCGUGGCUGGCUGUGGUCUCUGGUCUUCCCAGAAGCAGGCAGGGGCAUUGCUGUGCCUAUGCCGUGGUAAAGGUGACCCCUGCCAGUUGCCAGCAGCCAUAGCACAUUCCUGCUCCACGCGGAUAGACUGUGGAGCUCCAGAAACUUUCCAUCCUACGGCUGUCUCUGAUUGGAGCAGGGAGUCUGCUCCUUUUCCCCUCCCUGGGGGUAAGGGCACUGAGCUAGGACUCCAACCUCAGGGACCUGGGUGGCCUGCGUUAACUUCUUUUGAUACUAAGAACUAUUUUAAGGUGAGGAGGGUGGCAAGGGACAUUCUUAAUAAACCAACUCUCAGCCUCA